AUAUUAAAGUGAGAGCGUCGAACGCACUCUCAUAAUCUCUGAUUACUACUAGUCUUAUUUUUAAUUCUAGUAUAGAUCAUUAGAAAUUGAUAAACGCACUCUUGUUCUGCUGGUGCAUCCGGUAGCAUUUUUCGUAGACCUCAAGUGCACAUGAUUAUUUUCUUAGGGAAUACAACACACCAUUUUAUAUUGUCAGUAACUGCUACAGUAAUGAAACAUUUAUAGCUGUUCUUCCUUUGAUAUCUUUUAAAACACUUAGUAGAGGUGAUGGUUCACAACAAGUUCCACCUUGUUUUACACUGAAGAAACUUCUGUUAGCACACAACAAGUCCUUAUGCCACUGUAGUGUUUCACGGUCAAUGAAACGUCUGGAUUUAAACGAAAUAAGUGCACGCAAUACAGAUUCAACUCAACACUUGACCAUGUACUUUUAAUCAUACCAUAAUUCAUUUCGGCCAUACACGAUUACAUCAUCGAUACCACAAUCUCUCCCUUUUUCAAAUAAAUUGUCCAGUCCAAUUUCUUAAUUAAACAAAAUAACAAUACAUACUAUAACCUUUUCGAAAUGGCUACUGACUCAAAGAAAAGUGCUCCAAUGUCCAGGACGUAAAUCUAUACAAAAAUGGCAUACUUAUGACGGUGCAAUGUCCUUCUCAAGAAAUGUCCAUCAUGUAAACAAGUCUUAAGGGAGUUCAUAAUCUUUUAGCCUCUCAGGUUGCCAGUUGCCCCUGGGCCGUGACGUGUAAUGCUGAGUUGAAACUCUUGAUUCCUCUUCCUGACUAGUUUCUGGGUCUAAAUAAUAUUCAUUUAGGAUUGCUGACUGCUGUUUCUUGUGAUUUAUCCUCCUCAUACUUCUGUAGGUGAGUAACAUUUCUUUUGUAAGAGGACGCCAGCAGGAGACUUCAUUUCCACAUAACCUCCUUGUUUGUUGACCACCUCAUAGGGUGUGGCUUCAAAUAUUGGUUACAGCUUGUCUGACUUCGGUUUCUGAAGAAGAACUUUAUCUCCUUUCAGGUUAGAAUCACGAGCACCUCUCAAAUUAUCAGUAUAGUCUUUACCCUUUUGCUUUCUUUUAGGAUCUCUGUCCAAAACUUCACUGUCAUUACUAGCUGAGGGCAACUCUUCCAAACCUGGGAGCUUUGAGCAAAUCUCUCUUGCAGAUAACAAUUUACCAAGACUCACUCCAGUAGUUGUAUGUGGUGUGCUUCUGUAACCGAGCAAGAAUUUCUGCAAUUACAUUCGCCAGUGCUAGAUUUUUAGCACAGAGGGCCACUAGUUAAGCAGUUUAUACUGUCAUAUGUCACCCUCUCUAAUUAAAGUUGAUUGAUUGGGUCACAUCCCUUGCUGUGCGCAACCCACGUAGCUUUCAGCAGACUCCUAUUUUGUCUCUCUAUCUCACCAUUGGCUUGUGGCCACAAUGGGGUUGAUGUUCUGUGUUCGAUGUUGUUGUCUUUGAGGUAGGCUUCAAAUUCUUCUGACACAAAUUGUGGACCAUUGUCUGUUUUUAUUGACACAGGUAGUCCAUGAGUAGCUAACAUUGCUUCCAGACAGCUAAUUAUUUUGCCAGAUGUCACUGAUUUGGUUACAGUUACUUCAAAGAAUGGACUAAAAUAAUCAACAACCACCAGUAGAAAUUCACUCAUUGGAAGGGGUCGUAGCAGCUCUGCUGCGAGGUUUUGCUAUGGCUGUGUAGGCAAUUCUGUUCUCUUCAUUGAUCCUGGGGGCAAUGGUUUACCAACAAGCUGGCAACCAUGACAUGUUCUGCACCUCUAUUCUGCUUGACGGUCUAUACUGGGCCAACAUACCUCGGUACGGAGUCUUUGCUUGGUCUUAACAAUCCCCUGAUGGCCUUCAUGUGCCAGAUCCAGUACUUGCCUGCAAAGUUUCUUCAGAAUGACUAAUCUUGUUCCUCCCUAAACUAUCUUUCCUAGCACAGUUAACUUGUUUCUCACAGCUUUAAAGCUGUUUCACCAGCAGUCCAAUCAUUGGUCUGAACACACUUCCUUGACACUGCAAUUUCUUCAUCUUCAGCAGAUGCUUCUUCGAUUUCCUGGAUAGGUAUAGCUCUGGGGGCUGCAUUCUCUACAACAUACUGAAUGUAUUCUUCUGCCACAUUUUUGCUUUCAUUUGAAACUUCUUGGGUUAGGGGAGACAAGCAUCAGGUGUGUUCUGUGGGCCUGAACGAUACAUCACUGUGAACUCAUGGCUGAGGUCAUAAGACCCAUCGUUCAAUUCUCGCAGAAGGCUGAGAUUUACUUGAAUAGAUCAAGUGGUUCGUGAUCAGUUUCUAACUCCAAUGUUUUCCAUAUAGAUAAGCAUGAAACCUUUCACAUGUCCAGACUAAAGCUAGAGCUUCUCAUUCUGUUUGAGAAUAUCUUCUUUCAACUGCCGUUAGCCUUCUGCUUGCGUAGAAUACUGGUCUCCAUUUGCCAUUUUGCUCUUGAACAAGAACAGCACCUAGUCCUACCUGACUUGCAUCAGCAAUGACUCUUGUUUUGGCAUCCUUGUUAAGUAGGCUAAUGUUUCAGCACUUGCUAGUGUUUCCUUCAGAUCUUUGAACGCUUCUUGUUGUUUCUCAUCCCAUUUGAAUAUUACACCUUUUUGUGUCAGCUGUCAAAGUGGUUCUGCAGCUGUGGCCAGAUUUGGAAUGAAUUUUGCACUGGAAUUCACAACUCCCAUAAAACUUCUCACUUCUGCUACAGACUCAGGUUCUCUGGCAUGGGCUACUGCUUCAACUUUGGAUUUUGUCAGUCCAAUACCACGUGUGGACAAGAGAUAUCUCGUGAAUUCUAGCUGGGGCAUCUUAAACUUGCUUUUCUCACCAUUCAAGGUCAAACAAUUUUAGUAUUUGAAAACAGCAAAAUUGAAGAUUUGUCAUGGAAGAAAAAGCCAGCUCGUUGUUGCGUGUCGAGUUGUGACCAAAUCAUGUUGCGAUUUAACAGUUACGUUUUGCAGUUUCAUCUCACAUCUGAUUGGUCGCGAAACAAUAAACAUUCCAGAAAUUUUCUCUGGUGUUCACAGUUUUACAGGAAAGAUUGUAGCCACUUUUUUCUGACUGCAUGACGUUUAGCUGUCUUACUGGGAACAGUUCCAUUGAAGAUCUAAUAAAUUAAGCUACUGUUCGAAUUGUUAAAAUCACGUCUUGAUAAAAUUAGGCUUGAAAUCAAAUUUUCUAAGACAAAGUCUAAAAUUAUUUUGUGCUGUACAUGGUGACCAAACAAAAUUGUUCAAUUAACCUAAUCAUAACUGUUAAGAGUUCAGUGAAUGUUGCUACCUCCAGAGGCUUUUAAUCCACAAACCCUUGCUUGACUUGCUUCCCUAAAAAAUUCCUCCCCAGACAUGACUAAUAAAUAGAAAAGGUUAUCCCUUCAUCAAAAUUGAAUGAUUUAUACGAAUUUUGACAAUACAAGAUGACUACUUGAUCCAAUAACUGAAUCUGGAUAAAUUUUGUCAAAAAUGUUAUUUUAACUACCGUUAUUUUUGUAUUUCUUUUUUAUAAUUUUUACACUUUCAGGAUCUUGUCUUCAAGGUGUGGCAUACCCCCGAAACACACAAAAAAGGUGAACCCACUGAAACACCAGAGUCUGCUGGAAGAAGGGUAGACAGCUUUGCCAUUGAGCACCGUAUUAUUGGAUCUGUGUCGUUUGAUUUGUCACCACUGUUGGCAGGUAUGAGGCAAUUAAUUGGCUGGUACAAUGUGACUGAUUUCAAUGGAGACUGCCAAGGACAGAUCAAGCUUGGUGUUUCACCUGUGAACCCUGUAUCUCCAUCACGGUGCUUUGCUCUUUCAAGAACUACAGAUAUCCAUUCACCAAAACAAGAUGCUGCCUUUAUGACCUCUUUCCAAAUCAGCCAUGGGACCAAUGACUCUGAUCACAGAUUCCAAAUCAAUCAUCCUCUGUCAAGUCAGCUGGAAGAGGAUCACAAGGAAGAUCUCACUAGUUUCCGGCCAUGCUCGUAUGACAGUAUUGGACAAGAAGCAGACAGAGAAAUUGAUGCACCACCAGUUUGCUCCACAUCUCUUCUGUUUUCCCAGUUAAGGCAUAACAUGAAGGAACUAGAUGCUCUUCGGCAAAGUUUAAGUGUCAAAUUACUAUCAAGUAAUUCAAGGAGUGACCCUGGAAACAUUCAAGAACAGCGUCCUGUCAUUGACCCACCACAUUGUCAUUUUGCUGGUUCAGAUGCAACUGAAGGAAAUAAGCCUUUAAAAACUUUGGAAACAGUGGAAGUCCAUGAUAUGGAACACAAGUUGCCUAAAUCAAAUUUUGAAGAAAGCGAUCUUAGGCAUGAUGAAAAUAGUUUGAUCUCUAAUGAUGGAAGCAAAUUGUUGCCUCUGAUCUCAUCUCUAGAAACAGAUCAAGCUCAUGCCUCUGUUGACCACAACCAAACCACCAAAAGAACUAUUGAUGUUGUGCUAGAUAAUGGAGCAGGGGCCUUUAAUUCCAAUAACAUUCUUCGUUUUAAAGGGAAGGAUGAUCUGCAGCAUGAUCCAAUAGAAGACGGUAGCUUCAGUAGCGAGAAACAAAGGACUUUGGCUGAAGAACAACAGCCAUCUGUCGAUAGUGAGCUUAGUGUAAGCGAUAUUUCAGGAGACCUUUCAGUAAGUGGAUAUGUUAGGGAUAACACAAAAAGCACAAGGUAUGCUGAUUUAAAAGACAGCUGGCUUAGCAGUGAAGAAGAAGAUAAUGCAGAAAGUAGCCAGUCUGAAAAGCCUGACUUAACAAGUGCUCUUUCUGCAUUCACUAUGGAAUGUCUGAAUAAUGCUGCAAAUGCAACUAAUGUUCACUGUCGUGGUAUAGAUUAUCAUGCCAGUGAUCAUGACGAUAAUGGUGAUGAGGACUGUGUAAUGCUGAGUCAUGUGGAUAGAGAUCAGGCUUUGGAAGACUAUGAUGUUGGAAUUGGGACAACUGUUGUUGACUCUGCCACUGCAGUCAUGACUUCUGAAAGUGACUAUGAAGAUGAAUAUAGCUCAUAUAACACUUUAGAUUCAAGGGGAUGGCCAAAGCAGGCUUUACUGUCGAGCCAUCAUACUUCAUUUAAACAGACCAGCGCUGCUAUUUUGCCAAAUUUCUUCAUCCCAUCAGAGCAACUAGAAGAGGACAUGAGGGCACUUAGAUUGGGUUCUUCAACCAAAAGUUCACAUUCCAAACUUUUAGCUCAUUCAGAACAUUUGAAAACUCAUCAACAAACAACAGAAAACUUUACUGAGAAAUUUGCCAAAAGGCAGCCAGUUUACAAGGCAAGGAAGGAUGAAAAACCUCCAGUCUCUGAUGCAGAAGUGAAUCGAAUAGCCAGAAUUUUCAGUUUCAGUUUUGGGGGUGAAUCACAGACCAAGAGCAGUUGAUUGAACUUUUCUGAUUUUAAAGAGAGAAGAUAUUAAAGCACUAGAAACACAGUCACACAGA